AUUACAAGUGAGAUAUUUGUUUGUAAGUUCCAAGAUAUUGAGCUAGUAAACUUUAUUGUUGGUUGACCUAAAACCACAAUUCCAUGAAUACCACACCCCAACACAAGGAACUAUUAUUUGCUCCUCAAAUUACGCAUUAUCAAUAGGAAAGGGAAAAGUACAGAAAAGCUAUGAUAAACUGGUCAAAAGCUGCAAACGUAAAGUAAAAUAUUCAUGGAAAUCAAAUAGACGGGAAAUUUCAUCCAGAUUGCGUGGUCUCACGUCCACAAACUUCGAUAAAUUUGUUCCAGAGCCUUUCUCUUUUUUUUUUAAUCUCUGCGAAGAAAUUGCUGUAAUGGGUGCUUAUCUUUCUUGUGUUUGUUCACAUUUAUUGUCAUCCAAUACAAUUAAAUUGGUAUUUGCGGAUGGGAGACUGCAGGAAUUUGAGAAGCAAGUAAAGGCGGCAGAAAUUAUGCUGGAAAAUCCUCAGCAUUUUGUAUGCGAGGCAGCCGCUUUACAUGUGGGUCGCAGAAUAAAUCCCCUGCCUGCAGAUGAAGAUUUGGAAUUAGGGCAUUUGUAUUUUCUUCUCCCCAUGUCAAAAUUGCAGGGUGUGGUUUCUCGCUCAGACCUGGCCUCCAUUGCAGUCAAGGCCAGAUCCGCCAUGAAAGCAAGUUCCAAGAGCUCUGUGAGGAUUUUCCCAAUGUUGGGAGAAAUGGGUUUUUUCUUCAGGGGAGAAUCAGCAACUUACCUGCAAGAAAAUGGUCAUGAUGAUGAUGAUUUGGGCGGGCAUUUAGAGUGUGAUUUGAAGAUUGUUGCGCUGCCAAAGAUGGAUGUUGAAGGCCUUUCAGAUCUGCAGAUGGGUUUGGGGAAAUAUAGAGUGAGCAGUUGCAGGUCUUGGAAACCUAAGUUGGAGACCAUAAGAGAGGUAGAAAGACUAAGGGCAUAAACCAAUAUUUGUACUGAAUACAUAGAUUUCAGGCCAUACUUUCUAUUUCAGUAGGCAUAAAUUAUCAUAUAUAUGUGAUUGUCUCAUUUUCUAUUUUAAGAGUUAUUUAUGAUCUUAAUGACGGA